AUGGACACUGAUGUCCUAGAACGUAUUCAACAAUUGCAGCUAACAACAGAGGAAGAUAAAGCCAUCACAAUCCGACCAGUAAGAAGAAAAGAGAUAUUGGAAGAAUACUCUUUAAGCUUAAUCGGGAAAUUCCUUACAGCUAGAUCGAUAAAUAUGAGAGCAGCCAAGAAUCUAUUGCAAUCAAUGUGGAAAAUGGGUGAUGAUCUGAAGGUGGUGGAGGUUGGAGAUGGGCUAUUGCAGUUUAAGUUCUCAUUGGAGAGUCAACUCACUUGGGUCUGGAACAAUGGUCCCUGGUGCUUUGACAAUCAAAUCCUUGCCCUACGAAGAUGGAAGAAAGGCAUGUCAGCUAGAACAAUGAACUUCACUCAUAUUCCCUUGUGGGUCCAAGUCUGGGGGCUGCCUUUUGACUUAAACAUUAAAGAAGCAGGUCAGGACAUAGGGCAGGGGUUGGGAAGAGUCAUUGAAGUGGAUUGCAAAGCAAUAAAAGCAGAUCAAGCCUGCUUCCUUAGAAUACGGGUGGAGGUGCCACUGGACAGACUGCUGCGGUGGGGUGGGCCUAUUGUCAGUCUAGAGGGCGACAAAGCAAAAGUUGCUUUCCGAUAUGAACGUCUCGUGGGCUGGUGUUUCGCAUGCGGUAAAAUGGGCCAUGAACUGAAAGAGUGCAAGUCAGCCAAUGAAGAGGACAAGAACGAGAAACCAUAUGGAGAGUGGUUGAAGGUCGGAACUCGGCUCAAACUUGAUGCGCAGAGAAGCAAACCGAGAAGCCCGGAACGACACCGGGGAGAUACCACCGCAGUGACCGAACCAACACCGCUACCAGUGGACCCCACAGGCAUGUGCAAUACAAUCUAG